AUGCCAUCCAAAGAUAACUUUUUAUUUUCACCAACACUGCUGUUUACCUGCCGUAAUCGGCGACGAACACGAAAGAAAAAAAUUAACUCAUCAAAUUUAUCUUUGAUACCAACAACAUCAUUAAAAAACAAUCUCAUAUUACUGACCCAUUCUUAUUGUUAUGAAAAACGCAACGAUAAUCAUCUCAACGCUAAGAACAUGGUAACAUUGAAAAUCCCUCAUAAUACUUCAAUGGUUUCUAAUCAAACAACAUUGAAAUGGAAACAGAAUGAUGGUGGUUUUCAGCACGACGUGCUUUCUAAUGGUACCAACAACGAUAAAUACGCCAUUCGUCCUUUAUCAUCUUCAUCAGCUACAUCAACGACAGACUGUUUUAUUCAACGUCACCGUAGAAAACAAACAAGGUUGAAAAGGAAAACUGAAAGUAAAGAAAGAAAAGAGAAGAAAAAGAAAAAAGAACGAAAGAAACGAUCACCAUCAUCAACUAGUAAAGUAGAAGCGACAGAAGCUUCUUUAUUUCAGUAUUUUGCUGUCGACACUCCUGCAAUCGACACAAGCGCCAUUUUUUAUCCUCAUGAGCAGGCUAGGUGUGCUGACAAGAGUGGAGCAAAGGAAAAAAAUUGCUUUCUAUCACAAACAUUAGUAGAACAUCAACAACGACAAAAACACGAGUCUAGUUUUCAUUUAACCAUGGCUGACAGUCAUGGUGGUAAUGCGACUUCAAAUGCACUGUCAAAACGAAAAGAAAAUGUUCGCGUCUUUAUUCGUCGUCGACGAUGUCGACGUACGAUUCAACGCCGGAAACCGAUUCUUUUUCAAUCAUCGUCAUCCGUUAAUUCACGUGAAACAUUAUUAUCAUCAGCAGAUAAUGUCGAAGAAUUAGUUUCAUUUAUAGAAAGAAAAAUAAAUAGCAAACAUAAGAAAAAACCUCGAUCUAACAAAAAUAUUAUUGUAGUAAAUUAUAAGCCUGUUUUUGUCAAUCCUCGGCGAGAGAAGACGUUUCGAACUGUUAAAUCAACAUCAUCAGUGAAGCCUAAACCAAAAUCUACUCUUCCUACUGAUGAUGAAUUUUCAUCGGCAACGCACUAUAGUCGACAACGUACUUUUACAACAACGAGUUCAGAUUGUUCACCGUUACGUUCAAUGUCGAUUUCUUCACAAAAUCCACAAUCAGUUUCUCUUGAUGUACCUGACGUAGAAGAUCCAUUAAAGUUUAUUGAAAUUAUGUAUCAACAAUUGUUCACUGAAGAUGGUCGAUUACGCAAUGCAACGGAAACGGUAGCAUUUGCACAUUGUGUUAAACAAAUAGUAACGAAUUCAAGAAGAAAUUCGACAUCAUCAUCAGUCUUUACAAAUCGAUCGAAAUCGACACAUUUGAAGAACGUGAAUUUAGAUAAAAAUCAUGAUCAAAGAAAAUAUUCAGCAUCAUCUAAUUACCAUCCACAACCGUCAAAAAUUCCCGUGCUAUGUUCACCACCUCCUUCAGCGACUAAUGGAUAUUAUGGCACAUCCAGUGAAGAAGAACAAGAAAAAGAAUCAGAAACAUUAAAACAAACUAUUAUUCCAUAUCAAAAAGUGAUAACAGAUAAUGACGUACCUAGGAAAAAUUUGGACCAAUUAAAUGUCACUAACCACUAUCACACUCAUCGAUCAUCUUCAAAUUCGACACAUCUGAAACGAUCAUCAGUAAAUCGAACUGUUGCCGCAAGUAAUAGUUUUCAUAUUUCUAAAGAUGAUACGGGUAGUGAAGAUCUUGAUACAUUUUCCGAUUUCGAUUUUAUGCACACGAGCAAUAUAAUUAUUCAACCAUCAUCAAGCAUCAUCGAUGAUGAAUUUACGCGUACAGAUUCCAAACUUUCAUCUUCUGGUUAUCAAUCAUUAGAUCGUUCAAGAAAAUCUUUCGUACAACAAAAAUCCUAUUCUGAAAAUGACUUACUUUAUGCAAUAGAUAAAAGUUAUACAAGUAUAAAAUCUAUUAAUCCUUGUUCGAUCUGUAUGCAUUCGCCAAAGAUUACUGUGAUACCACAAGUGGUUUCAACACCAUCAUCAUUUUCCGCUAUUAUUAAACGUAUUCAGCAACCAAUUGGAAAAAUACUAAUGAAAUAUGUUAAUUUUAUUCUUAUUUCAAAAAAUGUUCUGCUUUUGCCGUUAUUUAUUUUUCUUCUGCGUCAACGGUCAAUUCAUGUAGGAAAUUAG